UAGGUGGCUUCGUAAAAGGAGGAAGGAACAAUGACUUCAACAAAUACGUUUCAGGGACUUGAUACCGGUUCAAAACCAAGUUCAAGGGUACUGCGACCUCCCGGUGGUGGAUCCAGUAAUCUGUUUGGUGGCUAUGACGAGGACUCAUCUGCGUCCAGACGGCCAAACAAAAUGGCCUCCACAGUUUUUGCACCUCCCGAGGAGGUUCAGGCGGGUCCCAAACGCUCCAACCCCCCAGGAGGGAAGAGCAGUGGUAUUUUUGGGGAGCCAGAUACCCCCCCAGCUCAGCAGAAGCCUGCCGCCCCCGGUGGAGUUUCUGGUGGCAUCUUCGGAGAGUCUGAGUCAAACCUCCCCGCUGUGAAGAGUCAUCCGAACAAACCAAGGGAUAACAUCUCUUUGGGCAUGGAUGCGACGCCUGAACCUCCGGUGCCUCAGCAGAAGGAGACAGUGGUUGAGGAGGUGAAGGUGGAGGCAGCUCCUCCUCAGGACACGCCCACCAAAGAAGCCCCCGCCCCGCCUCCCAACCAGGAGGCUGCCGACCCGGGUCCUCAUGGGCCGACAGAGAAGGACCAUGAGCCCCGCCUUGGGCCACGCCCACGUUCGCACAACAGAGUCCUCAAUCCACCAGGGGGCAAAUCCAGCGUGGUCUUUUACUAGCCACACCCCCGCGGUGCCUUUCUCUCUCCCCCUCUCCUCCCCUUCUCUCUCCUCCCUGUCCCCCAGCACCUCCUUCUUUCAGUCGUUUUCUUUAGUCACACUCCUCUCCUCCCCUCCCCUCCUCUUCCACUCUCUGGACCUCCUGAUCUCCCCCUCUGCUCUGUCGCUCCGCCAUUCCUUCGCUCCUGCACUUCCUCACUCAUUCCUGACGCUUUCCCUGUAUCCGAGGUUUCGAAUCAGUGUUGCUAUGAGCCAAGCGGUUAACUACUCUUCUCCUGGAAGCGGUUUCAUC